UUUCUCCUCCUCCUCCCACACCCCCACCAUUUCUUUCUUUCUUUUUGCUUUUGAUGUUAAAUUUGAUUCCUCUAAAUGGGUUUCCAACAUCGAAAGCUGAUGUCUGAUUCGACAAAUGAUACCGUAACAGAUAACUGCAAUCUUUGUUUCGAGAACUGUCUUUCAUCAUGUUAUGAUUCUUGCCCCGUCUUUUGUCCCCGUGACCCACCUUAUGUCGAUCAAUACCCUCCUCCGAGUCCCGAUACUGGUUCCGAUUCAAAUAAACCCAACACGUUUGUGAUCGUAAUUUCGACGCUUCUCGCCGCCACGUUUCUGGCUAUAUGCUGUCUAGUUUACUAUGCUAAACGACGAGCAAAUUCUCGGAGGAGAUCAUCGCAGGCUGAAACCCGCAACGAAUUCCUGGACGAAGAUCAAGGUCCCAUCGUUGACCAUCCCAUCUGGUACAUCAACACGGUCGGUCUGCAACCCUCGAUUAUCCGUUCCGUCGGGGUUUGUAAGUAUAAGAGAGUUGAGGGUCUUGUUGAAGGAACGGAUUGCUCGGUUUGUUUGAACGAGUUCCGAGAAGACGAGACUCUUAGACUGUUGCCUAAGUGCAGCCAUGCUUUUCACAUCCCUUGUAUUGAUACUUGGCUUAGAUCGCACACCAAUUGUCCUUUGUGCCGAGCACCUAUUGUUUCCAACGCUGCUAAUGGAGGAUCGUCUGAGGUAAAUAAUGAAGAUUUUGGAGGAGCUGAAGAAACUCAAGCGGUGGUUAUGGAAGAAUUUGAUGGUGGUAGAACAAGUGAAAUAAGGGAAGCGGAAGAGGAAAUAGCUGCGAAAACAGAUGAUGGGAUUCAACCUAUGAGAAGAUCGGUUUCUUUGAAUUCUAUUGAAGCUUCUCUGAUCAGCCAUGGCCUCCUUAAUGGUAACUCAGAUAAAGAAGCCAGCUUGAGGAUUGUUCCAAGGAGAGCUGCAGGGAAUCAAAGUUUGCUGAGAUUGAUGUAUCAUUCUUCUAUCGGUAGAUCUUAUUCUCAGCAAAAUAAGCCAAUUUUCCUAAGAUCAUUUUCUUACAGCGGCAAAUUCUCGUUGCCGAUAAACAACAAAAACCACGACGUGAAUCCUCCAUUGAGAAGCUUUUGAUCCAUUGCUGCUGCUGCUGCUGCUGCUUGUAAAGGAUUGCUGCACAUGUUUACAUGCAAAACUAGACAUGUAAAGCGGCAGAUCUGUUUGUUCUACAAUGGAAAAUGUCUGGAUUUUGGCAUCAACCUUAUCUGUUUCUACGAGAACCAAUGUAAAAAUGUUUAUCACCAAAUUGAAAAUGUAAAAUCUCAGAA